GAAACAUUUGAUCAAGUGUGACAAUUAAGAUCACAUCCUAAAUAAAGUAUCUUGAAGUCAAUAUUAAGCCGACUUUUUUCAGAUUGAAAAUAACACAAUAUAACUGUCUGUCUUUCAACUGACUGAGUGGUUUUCGCAAUGUAUGACAGUAAAAUUAAGCUUCCUGCACAACAUACGGGUACACACAUCUUUCACAGAUGUGUCGUGUGUUGGGCUCAAAUUUCUCCCAAACACUUGAUUAGUAAGUCUUCAUUAUCGUUCGCACACGUCGAAAUAUUUAAUGAGCUGAAUUGAUACUUACAAUCUUAUGUUUUUCGGACAGUUUACUCCGAGCAAUCGGGGCGAACAAGUAAGAACAAUGAAGCAAGUGUUCGAUUUGCCAGCCUUGCAGGAGACUCUAAUUCAAGAGUUGCCCUUUUCCAUCUUGGCUUUAGAGUCCGUGAAGCAUCAAAUCAAAUACAAUAUCCAGCCGCCCAAAAAAUGUUAUGUGUCCGAAAACGAAUGCUCCUCUUUUGUCGUGAUAAAGGAGCAAUUUAACAAAUCCCUCCCCAUGUUUACUAUUUUCUGCAAAGAAAGUGACGCUUCUAUGGCCGAGCAUGAAUUGAAAGACAUCAUUCCAUGGGAUCAGCCUUGGGCGAUAGGUGGAUUGCCAGACUAUUUAGUAGAGAAUUUGAAAGCCAAAGCCCGGAUUCAAGGACCAAGCGAACUCUUGGAAUUGAGUGAAAGUUGGGUCGCGAUCCUAGAUCCAGAGACUUCUAUUCCUGGGAUCGACAUUCCUCCAAACUGCAAAGUUCAACACGUUGCCCUGAGUGACGUAGAAUUUAUGGACAAGUUGUGGAAGUUUCGAUCGAGUUCCAGUCUCUCUAUGUUAGAGGCUCAAGCUGAGCGUGGAUUGGCCUUUGGAACCUACGUGGAUGGCGAACUGAAGUCCUCGCUUGUCACAUUCAAUUUUGGUCCUCUGGGUGCGUUGGCCACCGCUGAAUCUCAUCGAAAGAAGGGUUUGGCCCAAAUGGCUUUAACCUAUGCGGCUAAACAUCUUCGCUCUGAAGGCCGAGCAAGAAUUGAAUGAAAUCAUUCGAUGGGAUCAGCCUUGGGAAAUAGGUGGACUGCCGGACUAUUUAGUUGGGGCUCUAAAAUCCAACGCCCAGAAUCAAGGAUCUAGGGAGAUUUUAGAAGAGAGCGAAUGUUGGGUCGCAAUCUUGGACCCAGAGACCACCAUUCCAGAAAUGAAUAUACCUCCGAACUAUAAGGUUCGACACGCUGCGGUGGAAGACGCCGAGUUUAUGGACAGAUUGUGGAAGUUUCAGUCAAGUUCCAGUCUCCCUAUGUUGAAAGCUCAAGCUGAGCGUGGUUUGGCCUUUGGAACCUACGUGGAUGGCGAACUGAAAUCUUCGCUUGUCACAUUCAAUUUUGGUCCCCUGGGUGCCCUGGCCACCGCUGAAACUCAUCGUAAGAAGGGUCUGGCCCAAAUGGCUUUAAUCUACGCAGCUAAACAUCUACGCUCUGAGGGUUUGACGCCAUUUGCCUUGAUUGAAACCUUCAACAAAC